CCAGCCUUAAGCUGAAGGCACCAUGCAAGUCCUUCUCCUCCUCGCAGCUGUAGGGCUUUGCUGGGCACAGUAUGAUCCCAACACUCAGACUGGGAGGACGUCUAUCGUGCAUCUCUUUGAAUGGCGCUGGGAUGAUAUUGCUCUGGAGUGCGAACGCUAUUUAGCUCCUUAUGGUUUUGGAGGAGUUCAGGUUUCUCCUCCAAAUGAAAACAUUGUCAUUACUAAUCCGAACCGGCCUUGGUGGGAAAGGUACCAGCCCAUCAGCUACAAGAUCUGCAGUCGAUCAGGCACUGAAGAUGAAUUCAGAGACAUGGUGACCAGAUGCAACAACGUUGGAGUUCGCAUUUAUGUGGAUGCUGUUGUCAAUCACAUGUGCGGAUCUAUGGGUGGCACAGGCACCCACUCAACGUGCGGGAGCUAUUUCAACACCGGGACUAGAGAUUUUCCUGCUGUGCCGUACUCUGCGUGGGAUUUCAACGACGGCAAAUGUCAGACCGCCAGUGGAGACAUCGAAAAUUAUGGGGACAUCUAUCAGGUCCGGGAUUGUAAGUUGACCAGCCUUCUUGAUCUGGCUCUGGAGAAGGACUAUGUACGCUCAACAAUUGCAGAGUACAUGAAUCACCUCAUUGAUAUGGGUGUAGCAGGGUUCCGGAUCGAUGCUGCCAAGCAUAUGUGGCCUGGGGACAUAAGUGCGUUUCUGGCCAAAUUGCACAAUCUAAACACUCAGUGGUUUUCAGAAGGAACAAAACCCUUUAUUUUCCAAGAGGUAAUUGACUUGGGAGGAGAGCCAAUCACAGGCAGUCAGUACUUUGGAAAUGGCCGAGUAACAGAGUUCAAGUACGGUGCAAAACUGGGGACGGUGAUCCGCAAGUGGAAUGGAGAGAAGAUGGCCUACUUAAAGAACUGGGGAGAAGGCUGGGGCUUUGUGCCUUCUGACAGAGCCCUGGUCUUUGUGGAUAACCACGACAACCAGCGGGGGCACGGGGCAGGCGGAGCUUCCAUUCUUACCUUCUGGGAUUCCAGGCUUUAUAAAAUGGCAGUUGGUUUCAUGCUCGCUCAUCCGUACGGGUUCACGCGGGUGAUGUCAAGUUAUCGUUGGCCAAGAUAUUUUGAGAACGGACAGGAUGUCAACGACUGGGUUGGACCGCCGAGUAACUCAGAUGGAUCGACGAAGUCUGUGACAAUCAAUGCCGACACAACCUGCGGCAACGACUGGGUCUGUGAACAUCGCUGGCGACAAAUAAGGAACAUGGUUGUCUUCCGUAACGUGGUAGACGGUCAGCCUUUCUCAAACUGGUGGGACAACGAUAGCAAUCAAGUAGCUUUUGGUCGUGGCAACAAAGGCUUCAUUGUCUUUAAUAAUGACGACUGAAAGUCAAAAACAUGAAAGGCACAGCGCUGUUCACUUACAAGUACUAUGACAGCAGAGCCUCGAUGACAUUUGCUAUGUUGGAGGAGGUGUACCAGAUUUCCCCCUUCGGCAAGCCCGAUGGGAUAGCAGCCGUGGAAUCCAGGUGAGAGCAGUGAUUGUCAGUAGUGCAGCAAGCAAGGGCGAAAGUUCUCGCCUGUCUGGCGACACUUCCAGACAAUGCAGAGCAGUGCACAAACUCGAGAUUGAUCCACAUUGCAACAGCACAGCUGCAGUGCCAGAAGCCCUCAUCCCACGGCUCCAGCUGUACAUGCCCAGCUCUCACGUGGUUUGCCACGCUGCCACUGAGGCGUUUCUGUCUUUUGCUUCAAGACAAGAACCAGUUCUGGCCGACAUUCACGCUUUUGCAUUAUUUCUCAGAUUCGCAGGUCAUUUGAGGCACAGUACCUUUCAACUUUCUGGGUUUUUUUUUUCCCCGCGAUUAACAGAAGCACCGCAACAAUUAGCUCAGAAUGUUGAGGAAGGAGGCACUUCAGAAGCUUCAACUGAGUUCUCGUAAGUGGUUCGACAAACACAAUGUGUUUUCUUCUAAUGUUCUAAAACGUCAGCUGUUGGCAUGAAUGAGGAAUGAUUUAGAAAAUGUUUCCUAACACAAUGCAAAAAAAUUGUGAGGAAUACUGUUAGAGCUGUCAUAAUAAGAUUGCUUUUGAUUUCUUUUUGCCAAGAUGUAGAUUAAAAAAUUGGACAGAGUGAAGAAAAUAACGCAAAGUAAGCCACACCUAAAGCGCACGCAUCAGAAAUGGAGCAGGUCUACUUUAACUGUAGCUGAAUGAAUCACUAGGAUUUGAUUUAAAUUUUGAAAAUAGGAACACAGGAGAAGAUCCAAAGUAAUUUCUCUUUACUUCUCAGAUACAAAUGUUUCACUGCAUAGCAGCGCUAAUAAAUGGAAACGUUAACAACUAUGACUUCAUUGUUUUGCAGACAAAUGACAGUUUUCGGUCACAACAACCCCAGGCAAACCUGCAGGCUUGUGGAGGAGUGGCUGGAAAGAUGUCAUGCAGAAAGGACCUCGGUGCACCGAUAGACGGUCGGCUAAAUAUGAGCCAGCAAUGUGCUCAGGUGGCCAGGAAGGCCACUGGCAUGCUGGCUUGUAUGGGGAACGGUGCGGUGAGCAGGACUAGAGAAAUCAUCCUGCCCCUGUAGUUGGUGAGGCCUCAUCUCGAGUACUGUGUUCAGCUUGGGGCAUCUCAGCGCAGAAAGGACGUGGAGGAGCCGGAGCAGGUCCAAAGAAGAGCAGCAAGGCUCGCAAAGGGCUUGGAGAAUGUGCCCUGCGAGGAGCGACUGAAGGAACUGGUGCUGUUUAAUCUGGGGGAAGGGAGGCCAGAGGAGAGACCUUAUCGCUCCCUUCUAAUGCCUGGAAAGUGCUUACGGCAAGAGCAGGGUUGGUCUCUUCUCACCAGUGAAAGGUGACAGGACAAGGGGAAACAGCCUCAAGUUGUGCCAGGGGAAGCUUAGAUUGGAUAUGGGGAAAAACUUCUUUACAGAAAGGGCUGUGAAGCACUGCAAUAGGCUCCCCAGGGAGGCAUUUGAGACACCAUGCCCAGAUGUGUUUAAGAACCAUUUGGACGCGGUGCUCAGGGACAUGAUUUAGCAGAGGGUUGUGAGGGUAGUCUGGUUAGGUUGUGGUUGGACUCGACGAUCUUCCAGGUUUCUUCCAAAUUGAACAAUUAUACAAAUCUACGAUUCAGUGACUUUUCUGACCUAUCCCCAAAUUCAGAACGCACCAAUGCUGUGAGUACUCGUUUACUUGGGAUAUGGUAGCUUGGUAAAUAAACACUGUGCUCAGCCUUCAUUUUGUCAUAAUGAAAUUCUUCAGGUAGGCGAUGCUCAUCUCUUAUUAUUUCCUUAGGAGUGACUAAAGUUUUAAAAAGUGUCUAAUUUGCUUCUCGUAAGGCUGACAGUUUGGCAGCGAGGUGUUUAUGUGCCUCACUCGUAGCUGUGAUUUUUUUCUGGCAUUAAAAUCUGAGCAGCUUUACUCAGGGUUUUGCACCAGAGAUCAUUUUGCUUGCUGUGACAGUGUGUUUCUUAUUAUGCAAUUGUUACAGGAUCGCUGCCUGAGGCGAUUAAAAACAGCCUGCUCUGAUCUCGGCCACUCUGCGACCUCACUGCCAAAGCUCCCGGCAGAAGCCAUGUUAAAGACAUGGCCUUGCCUUAUAGGCAACGCAGGAGAGCCAGCCAGCAUCAAACGCAUCCCAAAGUUUUUGCCAACGUUUUCACUUACUGUUGCAACAUUAUCGAGCAGAAUUCACGCUGAUGCUGAGCUGGCCUUGAGGAAAGUAAUAGCCAAAAAAGACCCUGUGAAGGUAACCAUCAUUAUUGAGUCUGAGAUUGCGAUUGACAGUGCGAUUCGGGCUGCCUUAGCGAUGUGGGAAUAAUAAAGGCAUCGGGUGACGGUAGCAACUCCGGGCAGAUUUUGUAGUAACUGGUUUUCCUCUUUCCCACGUUGCAAAUCCCUGGCAUUACUCCAUCCAUGUUGACAUUCUGGGAAGGGGGUCGCAUCAGUCACUGUCACACUGCGACUGUUGCUAACGGGUCUUUCUUCCAGCCCUGUUCAUUACGCACCCAGCAAUUUUUUUCAUUUUCAGCGGCAGGCUCUGUGCUUAAUGCUUUUUUUGGGGUUUUGUUCACCAUUCACUGCAGAUCAGACAUGCACAGUUUAGGAAACAUUUCUUCCUGAGGAAUUUUGAGGUAUUCACAAGUUGUACCUUCCUUCUCAAGGUAAGGGAGAUCACUCUCCAAGUUUGUAUGGACAGCACACUCGCUCCUUACAUGCACGUGACCACUUUCAUUGUUCUCUUGGAAACAAAGCCUUCUCUUCCUAUCAUGGCAGCCAGGGCCAGCUCACUGCUGAUGCAGACCACCUAAUGAGCAGCUAGUUUCAUGCAUACACACACAAGAAGGCUUUGGCAGUAGGCAGGAUCCCACAGCUCUACAAUCUACAAGUAGAAGAGAGAGAAUUUGUAGCUGCAGACGGUGUGACACAUUUUGCUGUGUUUUCUAAGAAUUUAGCCUCAGUUUACUAUCUUCACAUGGUUUUAACUCUUUAUCAUUCAGAUUUGCUGCUUGCAACAUUUCCAUUAAACUUCUGAGCCCCAGACUUGAGGGGUCGAGGGCCGAUCACGGUCUCUUUCGGAGACCCUUGGGAGCUAGUUCUGGAGGACGCGGGUCCCAGGAAGGCUGGGAAUACUGUAACGAAGAAAUUUUAAAGGUGCAGGAGCUGACCAUCCUGAACUCACAGAAGAUGAACCGAUAGGGAAGGAGACCAGUCUGGCUGAGCAGAGGCCUUUGUCCGGAACUCUGGAAAAAAGGAAAGUUUGCAGUCUUUAGAAAAGGAGGUGAGCAACUUAUGAGGAUUACAAAUAUGCAGUGAAGCUGUGCGGGGAGAAAAUCAGAAAGACGUAAACGUCUUAUGGGCUGGCUUCACCCAUUUCUGUGACCGGACGAAGCACGGGCAAGCACAGACUCAUGCCCCAGGGAAGGGGGGAAUGGGAAAAGGGGAAAAAAAAAAGAGGUAAGGAGACGGGCCUAAGAACAGAACAGUGACGACAAUCUGAGUCUUAUAUAUUCGCUGUCAGGAAUGUACGAAACUUUUCUUCUUUGUAUUGAAAGAAGUAAUGAAUAAGUAACCACCGCUCAUAAAAAUGUGAUUGCAUCACGGAAGGCCUGAGCAGCCAGUCCCCUCGUAUUCACCGCACCUUUCGGCCGCUUUAAUUGCACGGUAAUUUGUAGACACCUAGCACUUUAAGAGGAGCCCGCCAGCAACAUUGUCGAGCCUCUCGGUCAGAUUCCGCAGCUCAGGAUCUCCACCCUUCAAAAGGACACGACCCUUCACAGACAGUAGGUUCCAAAAGUGAGAGAUGCUGUAUGUAAAUAAUUGAUGUGUAAGCCACUAGUUGUGUGAGACAGGAACCGAUUGGUGUCAUUUAGAAAUACAGAUGAACUAGACAGCUUUUGGAGAAAAGCAGUAGGAACACGUUCUCGCUAGCUGUUCUCAAAAUCGGUUUUAUGAGGGAAGCUCUUUGUAAUCGCUUUUCUUUCUCUUGUCAAGCUGGAAAUGUUGGGAGAAAGAGCUUGUUGUAAUCAUUUAGAACCAUGGCCUACAAUUGCUCGUGAAACACACUAUUUGCAAUUUAGGCCAUCCUCUGUGAAACCAUCUAGUGAUUAGGAUGUGCAGUACAAACAUUCACAGUUAUACAAUUAUAAAAAAUAGAAUUGAGCAUAGGCCAACUGUCAGAAUUUUAAAUGAGGAAUGAAACUGCUAUCUGAGGUGAACGUUAUUGCUGAAGUCUUGUAGUGCCUGUGUCCACGAUUAGAAAUAAUUAAAAUCUUAGAGAAAGUCAUCCUACUGAUUUAUAGGACACGGGAACGUAACCCAGAGCAACGCUGCACGGAACUGUUUGCAAAGCUCCGCUUCCAAUUUCACCGCUAUGCAAUUUUCUGGCGUGUAUCAGCAGCCCAUUCGGCCACCGGUCACAUUGCCACUGCCAUAUUUCCACUGCCGUCUUUAGUCACAUGUUUUCUGAGAUG